CCUCCGCUCUCAACCGGUCAUCAUCAGGGAAGUCGAGCAGGACGAGAUGAUCACUGAGGUGUGUGCUGUCCAGCCGUACAGUGAACGAGGUGUGGCCGACCACACAGACGGACCGCCAGUCACACGACUGUAUCACGGAGGUCAGGGUCACUCAGGUUCCUCACCAUAUGACUGUGUUACGUGCGGUCGUGAGGUGGCCAGCUUCCUACACAGUCUCCGUGUUGGUGUUACAGAGAGUGGAAUAUCUGCAACAGCCACCCUAACCAGCGUCGGCACAACACCCUGUCUACAGUGGAGAGACGUGCUGGUGUUGAACUGGCGUAACGUUAGUGACAACUCGGGUAUAGUGAAGGGACUGCAAGAAGCGGGUAUCCCAGUGCGGGUGUUGAAGGAUGAUGGCAUCGAUGACGUGGCCACGGCCCGCAGUGACGUGGUGUGGGUGGCGUAUGGACAACGUGUUCGUGGUCUGGAGAGGAAAGUUGUCGUCUGUCUGCAGAACCCUUUAUUGGACGUGUCUGCCCGACUUGACUUCAUGUCUCGCUGUACGUCACAACUUGUGAUUGUCUCCACUAACCACUAACUCACCUGUCACCUGUUGUAGUCACGUGUCUGUCUCCCUGACAUUAAAAGGAGG